GCGUCUCUCUUUUGAAGUCUUCACCACUGUAUGUUUCUCUCUCUCGAUUCUUCGUUUCACUUAUCGAUCUAGGUAUGCAUAUAACUUAUUGUGAUUUUAAUUUUAACCUAGAUUUUCAUUUUGUGGUAUUCAAUUUCCUAGUUUUAUUUGUGACCUUAGAAAAAACAAAGCAGCUCUAUGAUGAAACCUAGAGAUAUUGCCGUUAUAGAUGUGGAGUGGAAAUAUUUGUUGCAAAACAGUUUAUCUGUAUUCAGUUUGAUUUCGGAAUAAGAGCAAUUUCGUGGACCCAAAAUGAUGAAUUCCUUUUUGAUUGCAAUGCGUGUGGGUAAUCAAAGGAUUAUAUUCUCUUUUUUAGACACCGCAGGAUCUCAUAUGCCAAAGGGCCUUAUGAUCAAAUUACUCUAAAGCUCGUUAGGAUGAUUGCCUGCCUUCUCUCGGAAAUCAGAAUUAGGGGUUUUGGAGGUGAUUGAGAUCCUUAUACAUUACUAUAGAACAUAGGGUCAUUUUUCUCAUGGCAUAGGUACUGACUUUUUAGUUUUUAUUGAUCGAGAGAUUAAGCUGGGACCUUGAUGUCAUUAAGUCGGGACUUUUCUGUUUUUAAGUUUUCACAAAACUGAAAAAGAAAUAUGUUGGAAAAAUUGAAUUGUACAGCCUUAAAGGCUUCCUGAAUUACUCAUCAAGUACUUCGUCACAUUGGGGAGAGAGAGACUGGAAGAGCCAACCUCCCCUCAGUCUGGCAUCAUUGCAGAGAUCUCUUCCAUCUGACCUGGAAAUGCUCUUUCUGCCUAUUGUUUUUCUCUUUCAUUUUUUAACCUCUCCUUCUCAAUCUAUCAAGCUACUCGUUCCUUUCCCACCCCCUUUCUCUCUAUAGCUUCACAUAAAUAAAUAUAUUCAUGGUGUUAUAUAUAUUCUUUUUCCAAUAAGGCAGACGGUGUGUCAGCACUUUGCUCUGCCUUCAAUGUUAAAUGGUACUCCCUCCGUUCCUAAAUAUCUGUCGUUUUACACAAUUAUUUUUGUUCCAUAAUAUCUGUCGUUUAAUGAAACCAAAGCGUAAUUAAUAUUUUUUCUUCCAAAUUUACCCUUAACUUUUCAAUGUAUUAGAUUUGGUGGAGGCUAAGUGUCUUUCAUAUUCAUUUUCUUCCCAAUACAUAUUGAAUAAGGGUAUUUUAGUCUUGUGCAAUUAUUUUUUACUCAUAUUAGAACUAUUUAAUAGCUUCCUUAAUCCCAGUACAAAAACUUUAAACGACAGAUAUUUAGGAACGGAGGGAGUAAUAGAUACUGAUUGCAAUUAAUAUUUCUGUCAAUCUGAUUGUUCUUUUCCCACCUCCACCCCUCUAUGUACUGCAGUUUUUAUCUUAAAUUUAUGUUUCCUUUCCCCACUGCCACUUUUUUUCUCCUUCUCCUCUAAGAUGAUUGUCUAAUUUUACUUGGUUAUGAAUUUUGUUUCCAUUUUGUGGAGUUAUUAUGCUCUCUUAGCUGCUAUUAGUGGUUGAUUUGAACGUUCAGAUUUAGACCCAUAACUUCUCCAUGCACUUGUUCGUUAGUUUGGUGAUCUGUCCUUUUAGGGUGGCAAUGUAAAUUUUUGAGGCUUUACUUGAUUGGGACCACUUAUUGGAAAAAUAGGAAAAUUCUACCAUUGGUGCAGGUUACCCAUUUCACAUAAAGCGGGUCGACUUGCUCUUGUUGUCCUUGCAUUUGUAGGUAUCUGUUUUGUAUUUUCAUAUUUUUUGCAGUCUCCGUCAGUGAAUCUACUUUGCCCUACUCUUGUUGACCCUUUUCGCCUCCUAGAUUCUUUGCCCUGCUUCAUUUGCAUGCUUUCUAUGUACAUGUGCUUUGCCUUUUCUAUUCAUUGAACUUCUAAUUUAUGGUAAAAGUAAAAAUUAUAGAUCCCAUCUCUUGCCACCUUUCUAGUUUCCUUUAUUCACUAUUAGUUUUGGAUAUUUUCAAAUCAAAAAAGGAUUAUUUUAAGCUAAGGGAUUAUGUGAGUAGAAUAUGUGUUCCUCUAUACUGGCUCCAUGUUGUAUACAUGCGGAUCCCUGUUCUAUAUAAGAAGAGGAAAUGUGUACCUCUAUGUUUUAUUAUUAGGGGUGAUAUGCCUCUUGAAUUUCGUGUGGACAGAAGAUAAUAGCUCAGCUGGAUCCUUAAUUUGUUGCGAGUGAGCUUUUACAAUCUAAAAAACUCAUGUCAAUCUAAGCCGUUUCUCUGCAAAUGAAAAGAAGAAAUUUGCAGAUUAGAUAAAUGGUUCCACAAAGGUCUUCUGAGAAAGUAAUCACACUUAGCAUAUACCACUGCUAUAAAAAAUGGCAAAGAGCCCAAUAAUGAAACCUCCAAAGUCAUAGUUUGUUCAUGUGUACUGACGACAUUCACUACCAAUCUGUGAUCCCAAAGAACCCAGAUAUGCUUCUCUGACAAAGGAUUGGCUACAGAAGAAGAUUAACCCAGACUAGCACUAAGAUUUUGCAAUUUUGAUGGAUGUAAUUUUGGCUCCAGAAUAGAGACCAAGCACACCUCAUGGAUCGUAAUUAGCUUCUUGAGACGUCUCCUAGAGACUUCUUUAUUAGCCCCUCUCACAUUCCAUGAAAUAAUAUUAAUCAUCUAAAUGUAUAGGAAAGGGAACAAUACCUCUGGAGUUCCAAUUGUUUAUAUUCAUCAACCUGUUGCAUCUAGUGCCACCUUAAAAAGAUUGUUCAGUGGAUUUUGCAUUUCAGUUGCUUGUUAUGUUGGAAUGAUGCAUUAUUGUGGCUAUGAUUUUGAUGAAGGUUACGGGAUGUACAUAGACGGUUAUAAUGGCUCAUGCAUCAUUUCAUUCGCAAAAAUGUGAGCACUAGGGAAUAUGUGUACGUGGCCGUUGAAUGUAGUAAGGGCAUCGGUUUUGGCAUUUGAUAAAUAGGGUAAGAGAUACUAUUGUGGCUUGUUCAGAAUUCAGUUCAAACUUUACAGGUGACUAGUAAGACCUGUUUGGAUUUGGGUUUCCUUAUGUGGAGGGAAUUUUGCAUUGUUCUCUUGGAGUUCUUCUCUUUUCUUCUUCCUCUUCUUCUUUUUGACUUUUUACUCUUUCCCAUGUAAAUUGACUAGAAUAUGAAACUGAAAAAAACUGUCUGUUUGGUUUGGUUUUCUAAAAUGACUUUUUGUUUUCAGAUACAAAAAAUUUGGUAAAAACCUUUUUGGACAGAGGAGUUUUUAAAAACAGUUUUUGAAAAAAAAAUGAAGACUGAAGAUAGAUUUUAAAGAACAGGUAAAAGGUUUUUUGGUGUUUGGAGGACAAAAAAAGGAGACCAUUGAAAACACGGAGAACGCCCAAAUAUUUUUUACUGUUCACUUAAGUGGGAUUAUAAAAGAUGAUCUUUUCUCUCUCCCCCAUUUUUUUUUUGUUCAGCUUGACUCUCAACUAGAUGAAACAAACAACCUUCUCUCCACCGUUUGCACUUCAACCCAAAGAACGAGAGAUUUCUCCAGCAAAGAAAAAAGUUUCAUCGUCUUUGGAUAUCAUAUACUUAGGAUCUGUUUGUAAGGCAUUUUCACAUAUCUGGAUUUGGGUUUACAGAUCUAGAAAUUUUUUCGUAAAGCAUCUUCUCCGAUACUCUGAAAAUCCAGCCCAAAACAACAAAUUCAUCUGAAAUAUACAUCAAAAUCGAGCUGCUUAUUCUUUUCAGAAACCUAGCCAUCGUCCUAAGCAUUUUCAUGGCCUUCAAAAGAUUCGGCGGUGUGUAAAAGUUGUGUAAAGUUGGCCAAUCACCCCACUAUUCUUUGUAAAGUUGUUGUGUAAAGGGUUGAUUUGGGUAAAAGUAAUAGUCAUACUACUGGGGCUUUAUUUGGGUUUAAUUUUCUAGUUGAUAACCACUGUUAAUAUGGGUUUCUUUAUUUGGAGGACGGUUGGGGCUUCUUAAGUAGGCAUUGUUGGGUUUAGAUCUGUGCUUUUGUGUGUGCUAGAUUUGUGGGUUUUUGCUAGAUCUAUGGGUUUGAAAAAAUGCAAGAAGGUGGUAUGGAUUAUCGUAGUGUGAUUUAUAUUCUAAAUGGUUUAUCAUAGUGUUAUUUAUAAUAUAUUUUUCUCUUGUUUUUGGAUCAUUUGUGUAUGUUGCGGAUGUAAGUAAUUUUCCUUCCAAAUCCUCUUUGGACCCAUUAUGUCAAUAUACUGAACAAAUUGGCUGCCAUUCUUAAUUCAGUUGUCUUAGUUGAUCUUAUUCUAUUGGAGCGUGAUUGUUAACUCUAGUUGACUUGGAAGUUCUUUAGCUUCAUAUGGCUAUCCAAUGACUAAGUUGUUGCUGCAAAGAGUAGACAAAAGUGCAAACAAAGCUAAUCAUGACUGUUGCAAUGACACUACUUUGAGGUUUCUCCUGUUUAUGAAACACAACACCUUGUUAUUUUGGAGCAGUGGAGUGAUAGUAUAAAAGAUCUAUCAGCAAUGGGACUUCCUGAAGACGAAGUGAAGUCUUCUUAUCAUUGUUUGUGUAUUUGUAUAUAAAUUGAUGGCCAACUAUGUACAAAACUUGAAACAUAACUAUACGAUUGUUGGAUUGAUGUUAAUAUACAGUUGAUCACUUACAAUUGUGUUUGCAUUGGUCAUUGUGUAUUCAGUUGAUCACUUACAAGCGUAGCUCCAACGCCUCAAGUAACAGUAGGCAUAAUAGUAGGCCUUUUCCAUUUUAUUUGUUUAUAUCAAAGUUGGAUUUUGCCAAACAAAGACACGGAGAAAAUUUGAGGCUACCUUGUCAACAAGUGACAUUUUGGGUUAUCAAAGGGUGUUAAUAUGUGACAUAUAUCAAAGGAAAGACAUGGGGAUAAUGUGGGACUUCUCUUUUGUACGAACAAUGGUGUGUAUUAUAUUAGAACAUGUAUUAUGAUACUAUGAGUACGAUAAGUAUUCACUUCGAUAAGUAUAUUUGUGUAUAGGUCCAAACAAAUUUUUUUACUAUAGUAUGAUUUAUGUUAGUUUUUAUCAAGUUAAUAAUUUGAAAACAUUGUAUAUCAAACAGUCAAUCCAAACAACAUUUCUGUUUUCAUUGUUUUAUGCAUUAUUGUCCAAAUAGGUUUUACUGCUUUUUGUUUUGUAAAACUGUUUUUGGAAUCAUACAACCAAACAAGUUUUUCGUCUCAGAAAACACAAAAAUACACUUCUGUAAAACUCUUCCCAAAAACUAUUUUCGGAUACUAUUUUCUGAGAUGCAAACCAAACGGGCCUUAUGAUUCCACUUUCCAUUUUUAAUAAUUUAUCUGGAACCCUUGACCAGAAGAUUUGGCAGGAAUUCACUGUGUAUGCUAAUAAAUUAGUCAGGCAUUCAAGUUUAUGCUUCCUACGGUGAUUGUUAAAAUGAUGUUGUUCUUGUCAUGGUCGUAUUUGUACAUGCUUAAAUCUUGGAGCGUCUGGAAUUACUUGAAUCUUUACCUUGAUCAAAGUGCAACAAUCAGCUUAUCUAAAUGCUUUGGUAGCCCAGAUUCCAGUUGAUGUUUGUGAGUUGACUGAUACCUGUAACAAAGUAGCUCUCUUAUUUCCUUGAGUUUGUACUUUGAAGUCAUAGGAGUGCCGUAUUUGGUCAUUUAAAGACGGCUUUAUCAUGUCUCUUCUCAUUAACUGAUUUGCAUGUUACAUGAAAUCGUGCAGAUUUUUUCCCUUAGUGCUUUGCCAUCUAAACAGAGUUCUCUUUGAUACUUGCAGAGUUUAUAGGCUUCCAACUAGAAAAGUAAAAUGGCUGGACAUAGAGUUGCUCAUGCUACCCUGAAAGGACCAAGCGUGGUGAAGGAGAUAAUCAUUGGAAUUACACUUGGCUUGGCUGCAGGCAGCCUGUGGAAGAUGCAUCACUGGAAUGAGCAGAGGAAAGUGAGGGCAUUCUAUGACUUGCUGGAGAAAGGUGAGAUCAGCGUGAGCCACCAUUGCUCCAGUGGUACUGCAAAAACACAACACAAAAUUACAAUGGCAACAAUAGCUGGUGUGAGCGUCUCAACUCCUCGGAUCUUAACCAAGACACCAGAGUCGCCAAAGGUCCAGACCCUUAAGUCCCCAUGGCUGAACCACCCUUGGAAGAGGUCCAACCCCCGCUUGUCCAUUCGUCCCGUGACUGCAGUACCAGAGGGGCUGUCUGAAAAGGUGGCUGACAGCAUAAAGAACGCCAAGGAAGUGUGUUCCGACGACCCGGUUAGCGGAGAGUGCGUUGCGGCAUGGGAUGUGGUGGAAGAGCUGAGUGCAGCGACGAGCCAUGCCAGGGCCAGGAAUAAAGAGUCCGACUCUUUGGAGAAUUAUUGCAAGGAUAACCCGGAGACUGCUGAGUGUCGCACCUACGAUAACUGA